ACAAAGAUAGGAAAAGAUUCUCAUCUGGUUCUCUCCAGACAGAACACCUCUAAGCCUAGCUUCAAAAAUGUGAAAGGAAGUUUCUCCAAAGAUUCUGAGUACUUGCUAUUUCUUGAUUCACUAGUAUCCAAUGUCAGUAUGCAAGUGGGAGGAAAAGAUGUCAAAGUAUUAACAUGUGGCAGCUGGGAGAAAUCUUGCAAAAGAUCUUCUCGAAUGUAUAUGCACGCGAUUCAAGUUCGCUUUCUCAGCAUGGAUAUGAACACUCCCCUUAUCCUGAAAUUGACAACUUUAUCUUAAGUGUUCUCACCAAGGGUGGAGUACAGGGUCAAAUCAGGAGAUGGGUUUAUUUUCCACAAGGUACCGUCUUAGACAAAAGCUUUUACACAUAAAAAAUAUUUAUAUAUAGAUAUGAU